AUGGAGAAGAAGGAGAAGGAGAAAAGCGAAGAGCCUUGGGUUGGCCGCCGCAUCCUCGGGGUCGCCGCCGCGGUUGCCGCCGGUGCCUUCUUGCUGCUGUCCUCGGUCGGGGACGACGAGCAAGCGGCAGAUGAUACGACGGCCAGGCCGAGGAAGACGAUGAAGGGGCCGGGCUCCGGUGGCGAGCACAUCUCCCGCGACAAGUUCAACAAGGACGCCGCGAACUACUUCAGGACCGGGCGUCAGAAGGGAUCCAAGGCCGCCGUUGACGAAUUCCAGUAG